AUGGCGGAUCACUCUGUUUCCACCGUCCUCUGCCUCACUCCACACCCAUCUCCGGGAACUUCUCGUUCCCAGGCAAGGAAGCCGUCGGGCGUUGAUCUCUGUCCCUCUGACAAGUUUCCCUCACUGAAACGCAAAAGGGAGAAAAUUGGAGAUUCCGGAACCGAUAAAUCCGGAUCAGAUGAGGGAGGGGCGAAGAAACAGAAGGGGGAAGGGGACGGGCAGUGGAUAAAGAAGCGACUAAGUUUGAGCGAUGUGAAUGAUUCGUCGAGGCUGUUGCUGGAUAAGGAGUAUGUGAGGAAAUACAUCCUUCCAUUGAUGGAUGAUGAGAGGCGGGCGGCUUGUCAAAGCACGGCAGGAUUGGGAGUGAAAGUGUGGGAUUUGGACACCAUUUCGGAACACGAUCUGAGGCUGAAGCAAUGGAAGACUGGGAGCUUUCUGCUAACCAGCAAUUGGCGUAUGGAGUUCGUGAAGAGAAGGAAUUUGAAGGAGGGUGAUAGCAUUGGGUUGAUGUGGGACUUUGAAAAAGUAGGCUUCUUCUUCCACAAGUUUAAUGCCCAAUCUUAG